AUGGGACUACAAGUACUAAACUUGGGAAUUCUCUCCAUUGCGCUGAUUAUCACAGUUGCGGAAUGUGUUCAGUUCUAUGAUGCACAUAUAGAGUUCACUGACGAGGAUGGCAAUCUGCUACAUGAUAAUGUACAUGCGUUCCAUGAACAGCAUAAACGAGAUAUUGAAUCAGGUAGCCUCAACCAGAAAGAACCGGUGUUCCUGACAAUUCGGUCUGCUUCCGAGACUCAUAAGAUGGCUCUAAGACGUCGCAGUGCAGGACAAUCAACAAAAGUGAUAUACACGGCGGACAAUGACACCGAAUCCGUACAAUUUACACUUGAUACCGAAGCCUACUGCGUUGUUCUAGAAGGAUCUUCCAUAUCUGCAACAGAUAAAGGCACAGCUACUGGCACAGUAAGCAUGUCCACAUGCGGAGGAAAGACAAUCGCAAUCAUAAAAUUCACCGAUGGUACAGCACGUGCAAUUGAACCAUCAUCAGUGACAGGAGAGCCCUCAAUCAACAAGCGAGGAUUGGACAAUUCCGAUCACGUGAUAUACCAGAUUGACAUAGCCAAACAUGAGAAGUUGGUGGUUAGGCCAAAACGAGAUGCAGACAAAGACAAAGUUCUACAAGAUUCACAAGAUCAACUUGUUACGAGCAAAGAAGUGUGUCUUGACAAAGUGUUUGAAAGCAAACCUGGGAUUGUUCUAAAAGGACCAGUUCAUAAAACAAUCACGACAUCCUCAACUGAUGGCUGUAAGGCAGCGUGCCUUAAAGAAACCACCUUUGUUUGCAAAGCUUGUGAUUUUAACACAAACAGCAAACAGUGUAGACUGAGCAAAACCGAUGUAUCUGUAAGAAAUGCUGGAAACGAAGUUAUCAAUUACUUCGAACUAUCCUGUAGAACCGCCAAAACCUGCAAGGUCUCUAGGAAAGGCAAGGAAUAUUCAGGUACACUAAGUGAGACAGCAGAUGGUUAUACAUGCCAGAGAUGGGACAGCAAAGAAACCUGGAGUCAUGAUAUCGGCAGUUCACAUAAUAAUGAUUUUCCAAAUAAUGAAACCCUUUCCGAAGCAUCCAAUUAUUGUCGCAAUCCUGAUGGGGAAUCGGGUGGGCCAUGGUGUUAUACUACUAGUAAAGAACGUCGAUGGAGUUACUGCGCUGUACCAACGUGUGCAGAUGAUUUUGCGGGUCUUCGAAACAUGAGAGAAGAUGCCUGUUUGAAAGAGGGAGGCCAUUACUUUGAAGAGCAUUGUUAUUGGAUAAAAUCCUCUGAAACGUAUGGUAGUCAUGUUGCUGCAGAAGAUGCAUGCGAAGAUUUGGGAGCAAGAUUGGUCAGCAUCGAUUCCCAGAAUGAGACCAUAUUUAUUGAACAACUGUUGAAAAACAAGGGUACUCCUAGUGAUGAAUGGAUGACUAGUGGGACUGAGAUAGGACAGGAUAUUCCCAGAAGAUGGGGCUGGGAUCUAGGGGCCUGGAACAAGCCUGCAAGACUUGGAAGGAUGGCUGGGGAUAUGAGUGAUACAUCUAAACGUUGUCUGAAUUUGAUCAUAUCAAAUGGACAACUUAUGUUCAAUGCAGUACCAUGUAACGAUUCUAGCAACACAUUCAAACUUCUUUGUGAAGCAGGCGCUGAAUCAAUGGAAGACAGACCAGUGAAUUUUGAAACUGCAGUUUUUAUUGCAAGCCGGACCACAGAAAUGAUAAGAGCAAAAUACAACAAUGACUUCUCACUUAUGACAAGCUACAUCAUUGUACUAUAUAACUCGGUUGGGGCGAGAUGGAGAGACCCCAAGAUGGUGCAUCCUGCUAAAGUGACAGUUACAAGAGUAGAGUUCUUCCAGACCACCCCGCAAGAGUUUCUUCGUAACUUUACGGAUAGGUAUAACUACACCGGGCAGUGUAUGGAUUUAGGAGAUUGUUCAACAUGGAUGCGAAAGCAUCCAGACAGGAAAACGUGGGACAUCGGGGCAUUUCAUGACACGGUGAUAUGCGGGGCCUUGGGUUGGGCUUGGUCUGGUGGUUUGUGUGGUCUGGGAGGUUCAAGCUAUGUCUGUGCCCUUGAGGCAUUCUUCGAGCACUAUCAGGAGGUUCGUCAUGAAUUUGGACAUCUGUUGCGUUUUGCUCAUAACGAUGGAUACAAAGAUAAAGAUUGUCACGACAAUAGGGGUCUACACGCAUUGUUAUCUAGAUGCCAAGCUAAGGACUUUAAACAAAAAAUGAGAGACCUUGGCCCUGGUGCGUGUGUCUACGAUGAUGUGUAUGAAUACUACCAAGAACCUUUGAUGUUAGAAGAUACUGAUAUGGAAGGACAACGAUGGGACAUGGAUAAACAAUGUGAGCUUCACCUCGGUAAAGGCUGGUCAUUCUUUCAAGACGAAGGGGAUCGCAAAUUCGUAUAUGGAACGAGAAAGGAUAUAUGUUCAUCUCGAACUCAACACUGUAUCAACCUAUCGACCUACGAAAUUAGGAAAGUGGAAAAUAUGCUGACUCUUCAAGGAACUUGGUGUGGAGGAAAAAAGUGGUGCAGAGGUGGUGCUGGUUGCAUCGCCUGGGAUAAGGACCCAAGCCAUAUCGCUUCUAACCUUGGACAUCCUAUGGUAGUCCCUGGAGGUUGGGGAUCAUGGGGCCCAUGGAGUGGCUGUUCACAUACAUGUGGUGGCGGAAUCAUGAAGCGAUUGAGAAAAUGCGAUUCGCCAAAACCAAAGAACACUAAAUGUGACGGAGAUUACUUUGAAGCCAAACUUUGUCAAACAGCGGAUUGCCAAAAUGGACCAACAACAGUUGACGAAUUGGAACAACACGUCGUAGAUAUAGGGACGAAAAUAUGCAAUAAAUACCCUACAGAUUUAACAGGAAACACCAUAUUUGCCGAGUAUAUGUGGGCUGGAUUCGGUGGGAAACGAACCAAAUUUAAUGACGGGCAUCGUGGAGGUGGUUGUUUGCCUGGAGUAAAUGGCCUUGCUUAUACUGGGAAUAAAAGCAGGACAUGGGGAAAUGAAGAAUGUGCUCGAUGGGACAGUUUUGAUAACUGGAAAAAUGAAGAUUGGCGUUUCCCUUACGAUGCAAAUGUCUCAGCAGCCGAGAACCACUGCAGAAAUCCCCUUGGACGGGGGAGUCUAUGGGGACUUGCGAGGUGUUUAAACAAGAAAGAAAAAUUAAUACCAUGCUGGAUACCACAAUGUGGGGGAGAUGAGCUUUGUGACGUAAACUGUAACACCAAUUACCGUCGGCGUUGGAGAGCUGCCUUAUUCCCUGAUGGAACCCCGUGUGGUUUCCAUAAACAGAAAGGAAUCAAAUCAGUGUGUGUGGAAGGACUUUGCCGCAAAUUGACAGUAAUAAAAUGA